AUGAUUACACAACGUUCAUAUAGUUCAAUUGUAUCAAAAGGAGAUGAACCAUAUCAAAAUUUAUAUCAACCAAAAACAUGUGAUCCAUUUCAACAUAUAAUGGUAUCAUCAAUUGAUAACACAAAAUCAAUAAUUUUAUUUGAAAUUGAUGAACGUGAAGAAGAAAAUAAUUUCGUUUCAGUUAUAAGACGUAGUAUAAAGGAAUAUUCGAAAGAACCAAUGGCAUUUGGAGGUAUAUUUCUUAUUGAAAAAGGUACAGUUAUAGCUCAUGUUAUGCCAGAUUUUCUCAAUGAAGAUUUAGCAACAAAACAACAAGUUGAACAAUGGUUAAAAUUUUAUGAUAUGCAUGCACCAUUAAAUUGUAUAUCUGUUAUAAUAACUGAAGAUAUUAAUAAUGCUGGAUUUCGUUUAGAACAUUCACAUUUCUUUAGUGCUCAUGAACAAAGUGGACAUUAUCAUUUUGAUAUAACACCUAAAGAAGUACAUUAUCAUGGUUAUUUUAUUCUUUGCAAUGAAGCUAUUAUGAUUGAUCCGGUUCUAUUAUUACAUUUGAUUCAUAUUUUCCAAUAA